UUAUCCAUAAUUCCUAUUUAAUUGAUGCGUCUGCCGCUUACAUUGGACGUUUGCACAAUAUUUUACCUAGCACCUAAAAAUUACUUCUUGUUCAUAGCAUUUACACAUUGCACACUGCAUUAUUAUCGCUCGGCUUUUUAUUAACUAAAUUAUACUAAUUAUUUUUGGAUCGUUCUAUCUUAUGAAUUCGUUCAAAACAUUGGUCAUCGAUACAAUUUAAGUUCAUGUGUGGUAGGAAACACAUAUCUGAAUUUUGUGAGACUGCACCAUGUCAAGAAGUAAGAGCCGUAGCCGCUCUAAGAGCAGAAGUCGCAGCCGUUCGCGCAGUGGUAGGACGUCACGCAGCUAUUCUGGAAGCCGUUCGGGGUCAAGUCGCAGCCGUAGUCGAAGCAGAAGCAAGACACCGGUCGAUAAACACAGGCUCCACGUCAGAGACAUCGGAAGCAGUAUAACAAGACGUGAUAUUGAAAAAGAGUUUGAACGAUAUGGAACAUUACUUGAAGUAUGGAUGUCAAGAACCAGACCAAGUUUUGCUUUUGUUGUGUACAAAAGAGAUAAAGACGCUGCUGAAGCACAAAAACGUACUAAUGGAAUGGAAUUGUAUGGAAGCUUCUUAACUGUUAGUUUUGCCAAAACACGUGGACUCAGUCGUAGGUCAUCAAGAACAACAGCUACCGUGAUUCACUUAGAUGCUACUCUUGCAACCGAGUAGGACACUUUUCACGUUCCUGUAAAGAAGUCAACUAUGGUUACAGACGUUAAGGAGGAAUGUGAGUUGUUAUGGUUAAAUGAACUUAAUUGGGGCGUCAUUUGCCAAUGAUGAUGAUGGUGUUGUUGAUAUUGAUGGUGUUGAUUUGAUGGUGGUCAUGACACCAGUAUGUUCCUCAUUGUUGGCACAACAUGAUGGUUUGGUAGAUUUUUAUACAGGGCGAGCUCAUCGAACGCCGUCCAAUUUGUCAAAACUGUAAUAUGGUAGGUAUAAGGUGCUGCUGACUCAACAUCGCCUACGAAAAGGAUAAUUUGUUUUUAAUAUUGAAUAAUAUUCUCACAUCAGUUUUGAACGAUAGUAGUUAAUAUUUUUAUUUUCAUGAGCCAGAACUUAUAUAUUGGUUAUUAUGUAUCACUUAAUUGAUUUUGUUUGCUUAUUUCAACCUGGUUUUUUAAUAAUAUUAUUACACCUACUUAAAGGAUUCUAUUUGUAGGUAUGUUAUGAAAAUAAAUCUUUUUUUAUAGUUGGAAAUACUUUUAUUUUUAUCCACAUAAAUAAAUCAUUAUAAAUAAU